UACUUUCACUUCCGUAAAGUUUAGUAGGUGCAACAGAGUAACUGUAGCGUACUGCACGCUACUUAGUUGAGUUUAUUUUAGAUUUUAUUUCGACUCGCUUCAGUUUUAUUUUUUUAUUUUUUUUAAAAUGAGCGAAAUUAAACCAAAGGAAAAAACAGCAACCGAAGACAAUGAAGAGGAAAAAGACUGGGAAGCAGCUAAAGCUUUCUUUGACAAUCUAAAGACAAAAGUACCAAGGCCGCCCAAACCCCAGUAUGCGGUAACUAUCGCCGUCUCCUCUCGCACCCUCUUCAACAUGGUGGCGGAGAGGAAAAUCUUCGAGGAUGAAGGAGUGGAGAAGUACGUCGCUUUUCAGGUGGAACAUGAAAACGAUCCGUUAAAGACGGGACCUGCUUUCCCUUUUGUAAAGGCUCUCAUGAAUGUCAACACUCGACUUAGGAACCUUUACCCAGACAGCGAGGAACUGUUUGACAUCGUCUUGAUGACUAACAACCACGCUCAAGUCGGCGUGCGCCUCAUUAACAGCAUUAAUCACUACGGUUUGACCAUAGAGAGAUUCUGUAUGACUGGAGGGAAAAGUCCUAUAGGUUACCUGAAGGCCUACAUGACAAACCUUUAUCUCUCAACAACUCCAGAGAAAGUUACAGAAGCAAUAGAGGCAGGAAUUGCUGCAGCCACCAUGUUUAUGCCAAAACAGGAGAGCGAUCUGAGCGACACUCAGCUGAGAGUGGCGUUUGAUGGUGACGCCGUCCUCUUCUCAGACGAGUCAGAAAUCAUUGUGAAGAAGCACGGCCUCGACACUUUCUUUGAGCAUGAGAAACAGUUUGAGAAUAAACCUUUGGCUCAGGGUCCAUUAAAAUGUUUCCUGGAGGCCCUCGGUAAGCUUCAGAGAAAAUUUUAUGCCAAGAACGAGCGUCUGAAUUGCCCAAUCAGAACCUUCCUGGUCACGGCCCGCAGCGCAGCCAGCUCCGGCGCACGUGUCCUGAAGACCCUCCGCAGCUGGGGCCUGGAGAUCGAUGAGGCCCUCUUUCUGGCCGGGGCUCCCAAAGGCCCUCUGUUGCAGAAAAUCAGACCUCACAUCUUCUUCGACGACCAGAUGUUCCACAUUGAGGGGGCCAAUGAGCUGGGAACCAUAUCUGCACAUGUACCUUAUGGAAUUGGACAGAAGUACAACAAGGGGAAGCUCAUCGAAGAGCCCAAAAAAAAGGAGUAACUUGAAAGUGACAUAUGCACUACACCAACUUAUCUGCAUAGGAAGAGAUUUGCUCCAAAUCAGUCAUGUUUUAAAGAGGCAGUAUUAUGUAUUUUGCAGGCACAUAGGUGCAUUUUAUAGCACCAUCAAGUAGCUAUGUCACCUUCGGUUGUUAUAAAAAGGCUGUAUAUGUAAAAUAUCACAAUAUAAUGCUUUGAAAUUGGGGCUUUGUCUCUUUAAGAAACUCCUUGCUCCUUUCGAGACUCCGCCUUCAGCACGUCAUCACAACAGCGUUUCUCCAUUAACACUCGGAACAAUGUUUUUACCAGCGUUACACUGAGAAGUAGCUCAGUGAAACGCAUCUGCAUGAUGAACUCCGCAGAUGUGCAGCUCUACUAGGUGUUUUCUAAUUGCUGCUGCCGCUCGUCUGGAGGAGCUGAGUGGAAAAGAUGUAGCUUAGUGAGAGCGAGCGUUUUGCAAACCCAAAUGGCUGCCAGCGGAGAUUAAAGGAUUUCUCAAACAUGCAUGAAAGAAUCAAAGCUACACUCCAGUUAUGUUUCUGAUGAGGGAAUAACAUUAUAACAUAAAGUAAAGCUCAAAAAAGUCAAUUUUUACACAAUACUGCCACUUUAAAAAUGCUCCACUAAAGAAAACGUUAGAAUUUAGUUUAUUAAAGGAUUUUGAAAUAUGUAUGGUGGGAAUACAAUUUCUGCCAAACUGUAUUUUCACACUAAAAUUAAAUUAUGCAACACACUUUUUUUUUUUUACUUUUAAUACUACACAGAAAACAAUCUAUUGUUACCUUUUAUCUGCAUCUGCUUCCUUUUUAAAGGCUCAAUCAGGAAUAAAUACAUUUUUAAUAAAGUUUAUUUUAUCUUUUUUGUUUAAUCCUCUUUGUGCCCUGUUUGUAUUUUUCUUUGGCCUUGAGCACAUAACGGUCUGCUCUCUCCUGUUUGGUAAUAAUCCAUCAUUUUUAGGCAAUGUUCUUGCAUAUGUAUGUAACACAUACAUAUUUUAAAACAGAGGUUUACUGCCAGGGUAGAAAUGCUGUGGCUUAAAGGGACAGUGAUGCUGCCUUUCUGUUUUUUCUUUUUGCUAGAUGUUAACAUAAAACUUCUAUUGUUUUGAUGUUUUGCUUAUUUUCAUGUUGCAUUUGUAACAUAGGACCAAACUACUUGUGAUAGAUUUCAAACAGCAUACUUAGCGCUGCAGAAUUAUGCAAAUGUCAGUAUAACUAAACAGCAGACUUACACAAGUUUUCUAAGUGCUGGAAAUAUCUGUAUUUGUCACUUAUUUUGUGCCGCUCAACUUUCCUAUCUAUGGCUAUUUUCACACGGGCUCUGCUGCUUCUGUUUUUGGAUUGUCAGAUUGUAUUGAACUCUGAGCACACAGUCGGGUUAAUAAAGUAAUGUAGAUGAAGCUUGUUUACUGGUGUUUGGUGUUGCACUAAAUUAGUAAGUAUUUUUAAGCAUUUUUAUAAAAUCUAUUUUCAGUCUUGUACUCUGUUUACAUAUUGAAAUAAGAAUAUGAACACAAAAAAGUUCAUGUUUUUUUUUUUAAUAAAAAUAUUUUCCGUUCCAAAA